GCCGCCGACGCCGCAGCACAUACCCAGCACACACACGCCGCGCGAGCGAGAGAGAGAGGAGUGGGAGAUGGCGCACUCGCCGUCGGGAUCGUCCGCGGCGGCGGCGGCGACGGCUUCGGCGGGGGGAGAGGAGGGGGCCAUGGCGGUGGAAGACGGCGGAGGAGAGUCCUCGAUCACCGCGCUGCUCUUCGAUGUGUCGCAGCAGGUGCAGGAGGCCCUGCAGGGGAUGCUGAAGAUGACGGGGGAGAUCGAGCAGUGCGGCGGCGAGAUCGAGGCGGAGAUCGAGCGUGCCAAGGAGGCCGUCGCCGACAAGGGCAGGGCGCUCGACGACGACCGCGACAGGUUCCAGAAGGCCGCGCUCUCCGCCCUCAACAUCCUCAGCGGCGACGGCGGCAACGGCAUCUGAUCUGACCUGACCUCACCUUUUCGCCAUCAAAUCGGACUCGCCACCACCCCCAUCCAUACGUGAAUUGUUUUUGCUACCCGUGUUGCUGUCAGCGUACUCCUCUGGAAAAAAAAAACGAAUUCUCC